GAUAAAUAUUCGUUAAGCAGCUGAAAGUGAAUCAUAAAAUUUUUACAAACUUUCAAAUCUGAUUCUUCAUUUCUAUUGUAAACGUUGGUCGCACAAGAUAUUGUUUAAAAUAAUCUUCUUUAUUGCACAUCCGAUAUAAAGAAAUUGAAAUAAUGGUUUUGUGAUAGCAUUCGUGAAGAGAAAGAAACUAAAUUAAAAGUUGAAUUAUAUUGGGUGACACCUAAACACAAAAGAUUUUUAUAAAAAGUGAAUAAUUCAUAUUAAUAAGACAUCCUCUGGUCUUCAAAGUUUAGUUUCGUUUAAAUAUUUUGUCAGAUAAUCAACUGAUUUGUAAAUAUGCCUGGACCUCCACCACCACCGCCACCAAUGAUGGCCCCAGUUAAAAAAGCAUUUGUACCGCCUGCUUCUGGCGGUGGCGAUAUGAGAAAUGCUUUAUUAGGUCAAAUUCAGAAAGGAGCACAAUUGAAAAAAGUCAAAACUGUCGAUAAAAGUGGUCCGAUUGGAGCUGGUAAAGUUGCUGGUGAAGCUCCAGCUCCGUCACCAUCGAGAUCAAGAACAAGAGGACCUCCAUCGAACAAAUCAUCACCAGACACUUCCAAUUCGUCACCUGUUAAACCUCCAGGUGGAUUCGCAAAUCUUACAGAUGAACUUCAAUUCAAGUUGACGUUGAAGAAAAAUAAAAAUUCACCAGUGAAGGAGUCAAGCAUUUCACAUGAGAUAAAAGAGACAACGCCUCCAGCAUCGUCCAAUUCUUUUGUGAACGACAUAAAAUCGAAACAAAGUGUCAUUACUGCUCAUCAUUCUCCAUCGCCUAGCUUAUCAGAUGCAAUUGCAAACAAGUCAUCUUUGUUUACUAAAUCAUCAGCCGGUACUUCACCGACUGUUCUCAAUCCCCCUAAAGUCAUCAAUCAUGGAAAGCCAAAUUUGGCACCAAAACCUCCACCUCAGCUUAAAUUGUUGGCUAGUGGCAAUAGUAACUUAAAUGUUUCACCUUCUGGUCCUUUCAAUUCUGAUAAUCAUUUCGGCACAAUGAGGAUGAAUGUUAACAAUCAACAAAAGAUUCAAGAUGCGUUAAAUUUACAAACGCCAAUGAUGAAAACUGGUGCACAGCGACCAACAAAUAAGCCACCGCCACCACCAGUUCCCAAUCGUCAGCCUGGCACAAACUUGACAAAUAAUCAUGCAAAAUCGACAAAUGCUUUGAACUUGUCGUCGAAUGAACAAAACUUGUCAGCACCAAGACGAUUGCCAAGUUCGGGUUCUUCGAAUAACAUCAGCAACAUUGAGCGCAGUGUUGAUGUUGCAGAUUCAACAGUACCGCCACUUCCUCCACAUCGAGUAAGUUCACAAGGUCAGCUGCGAGGCCAAAUGUCGCCUGUCAUACUAGGAAAUAAUCAAGCACCACCUGAAGUUCCACGGAGACAUUCAUCAAUGAGAAACAGUAUUGAAAACGGUGCCAAUGGAAAACAUCAAAAGUCAAAUUCAAAUCAAUCAAUAACGAGAUUAGUCGUCGAUCUUGAAGCAAGAUAUGCUCUUCUUUUUCAUAAUGUGUCGGAGUUUCCAUCGCCAAGGCCAUUUAUGAAUGUUGAAAAGUCGUAUCCUUCGAGAGCUAUCAGACAAGCAAAUGGAAUUUAAUUCCAAUGUGACACUUACCAGUCUUUGGGCAUUUCAGGAGGUUGCAAUAGUAUUUUACAUUAUUAAGCUCUUAAUUACUUUCUUUUCCCAAUAAUCAACAAUUAAGAUUUACCCAAUGUUGGUCUGGAUAAGCUUUUCUUAUUAUUAAAAUAUUUUUCCAAGUUUUUAUAUCUAAAAUUCGAAAUUUCUUUUUAACAAUUUGAGCUUGAUUUUCUUUGAAAGAACCAAUUGUUAUGAUUUUCUUAUCCAACCAACCAAAACAAGAUUUAUCC